UAUAAAGUUUCUCACAAUUUCGUCCGCUGGCUCCAUGUAACUGUUAACAUUUCAGUUUCAGGGAUGGCCUCCUCCAAGCAAUGAUGAACGAAGUUUUCGUGCUGAAAGAAGGCUAUUCGAGAGUUAAUAAGUUGGGCCAGUUCAGAGCUGACUGCACAAUAUCUCUUGUGAAGCAUAAACAUGGAAAUAUUAUCAUCGACACUGGCCUACCCCAAGAUAAAGAUACAAUCAUUUCAGAAUUAAAAAGAUGUGGAUUGAGUCCAGAAGAUAUAAACGUGGUGGUGGCAACUCACGGUCACUCGGAUCAUGUCGGUAAUUUGAGUUUGUUCCAAAACCCUGACUGUCUUUUUAUUGUAGGCUGCGACAUUUCGAAAGGUGAUGUCUAUUUAUCCAACAAUUUGAAAGAUGAAGCAGGUGAAUAUGAAUUAAAUGACGCCAUAAAGAUAAUCUCAACGGCUGGCCAUACAUGCUCUGACAUUUCAGUUCUUGUUAACAAUACUAAUUUAGGCUGCGUAGGUAUUGCUGGUGAUCUAUUUGAGUGUUUUGAAGAUUUUAAUGAUGAAACACUGUGGAAAGCCAAUAGUUUUCAGCCAGAGCUCCAGUUGAAAAACAGAAAAAAAUUAUUGUGCUUGUGUGAUUAUAUCAUUCCAGGACAUGGCCCUAUGUUCAAAGUUGAUGACGUCAUGAGGGAUUGUUGACGUUUUCUUUACACAGUACGUCAUUAUUAUCACCUCACGUCCCGAAUAUUAUUACAAGAAAAAUAGAAUUUUUAAAAGCAUGACCAACCGCAGUACGUAUGACAACACGACAAUUGCCGACAGGCUGAAUACGGAAGUAAGAGUUCUAUGCUGGGUUAUGACGUCACCCAAUAACCACGCCUCAAAAGCUGUCCACGUGCUAGCAACGUGGGGUAGGAGAUGCGACAAGAUUAUUUUCUCCUCCGAGUCCAAUGAAAAUGCUAAUGGUCUGCCAUUGCUAGUGAUCAACACGUCAUACGGUCGUCAUCACCUGACCGCGAAAACCAUGCAAACAUUCGAUCACAUCUACAGGCAUCAUCUCAAUGAAUUUGAUUGGUUCCUGAAAGCUGAUGACGACACUUACGUCAUCGUUGAAAAUUUAAGGUACUUUUUGUCAUCCCAAGACCCAGCAAAACCCAUAUACUUUGGCCACCACUUUAGCCCCUACGUGAAGCAGGGUUACAACUGCGGAGGGGCCGGAUAUGCCAUCAGUAGGGAGGCCCUCAGACGUUUCGGAGAGCGCCCAAAAUCCCUAUGUAAAGAUGAUUACGGUUUCGAAGACGUUGAAAUGGGAAGGUGCAUGGAACUGUUGGGUGUGGUGUUAGGGAACACCAGGGAUAAACAUGGCAGAACCCGCUUUCAUAAUUUCAAUCUCGAUGUUCAUAUUCAAGGUUACUAUCCAAACUGGUACUACCAUUACGACAAAUAUGCAGAAAAGGAGACCGAAGUAGCGGUCAGUGACUACAGCAUAACAUUCCACUACGUGCCAAUCGAACAGAUGUAUAUGAUCGAAUUCUUACUCUACUUCAUCCGCCCCUACGGAGUUGUUGCCAACUUUCAGGAUGUCAACCUCCAAAGCGAGUCUGGAAAAUCGGCGAUUUCUAAAAAUUUGCCGUGAAAAUGAGACAUUGUAAGGUUUAUUGGUCGUAUUUUAUGCGUUCUAGUACUGCUGCUAUUGCUGCUGCUGCUGCUACUACUAAUAGUAGUAGUUCUGGUAGUAGUAGUAGUAGUAGUAGUAGUAGUAGUAGUAGUAGUAGUAGUAGUAGUAGUAGUAGUAGUAGUAGUAGUAGUAGUGGAAGUGGUAGUAAUAGUAAUAAAAGUAAUAAUAAUAAUUAUAAUAAUAAUAAUAGUAGUAGUAGUAGUAGUAGCGUGGUAGCAGAGGUUUGAGCUAAAUAUUCUUUCUAUAAUUUUAUUUUUAAAAAGCGUUUGCUUAUUGCAACUACACAUUCACUAUAUGUUCCUCAAGUGUUUGCCAUUAAAGUUCACUUAUGUUCGCCAAAUGUUUGUUAUAGAGGUUAUUUUCUUCUCAUCUAUUUGUGCUGCAUCGAACUUGCUUCAUUUGAUAAAACAUAUUUUUUUAAAUGCGCUUUUUUAUUUAAAUAUCUGUUAAUAAAGAAGCAUUUUUUUGUCU